CUAAAAAGGAGGAUCAAACUGUGUACGAUAAUGUGAAGGAGCAAAGCGAAACAAGCAAACAGACUGCUGACAUAAACUUCUCAGCAGGACUUUUGCCAGACAAGAAAACAAACAGCAGAGGUCGCUGCUAUCAGCAGGUGGCUUGUUGUUUGGGGAUUCUUUGUGUCAUUUUGCUGUUGGGCAUCAUAGCAGUCUGUGUCUACAUUACUACAUUAAGUCAUGAAAGUGAAAAAGAAAACUUGAGGAGGGAACACAACAAUCUGACAGUCCAGUUGGAGAACCUGACACAAGCCUAUACUGUCUUAAAAAGCAACAUCACAAACCUGUCUGCAGAAAACCAGAACCUGACAUCACAAAACACCAAGCUGUCUGCAGAAAACCAGAACCUGACAUCACAAAACACCAAGCUGUCUGCAGAAAACCAGAACCUGACAUCACAAAACACCAAGCUGUCUGCAGAAAACCAGAACGUCACAUCACAAAACAGGCAGCUAGAGACACAGAACCAGGAGCUCCAGACAGAGAGGAACAACUUAACGGAACAGAUACGGAACAUGGAGAAAAAGUGGAAUGAGCUCAACGUCAGUCGAGCUCAGUGGAGCAUUGAUGCCUACUGCCCAAAACCAAAGAACCAAAACAGACAGUGUAAAGCUUGUCAGGAUGGCUGGUUACCCUCCCAGUCCAGCUGCUAUGGGAUUAAUAACCCUGAUGUUUCUGGUCAGAAAACCUGGGAAGAAGCUCGAGAAGACUGCAGAGGAAAGAUUUCAGAUUUGGUUGUUAUAGCUGAUCAAACGGAGAAGACAUUCAUCAGUAAACACAGUUGGGGCAGUUCAGGAACCAAGGGAUACUGGAUUGGUCUGAGAGCUGAAGAUGGGAAAUGGAAGUGGGUCAAUGGAAGUGUUCUGACUGAAAACUCCUGGAUACAACAACCUGCUACCAACGGUCAGUGUGUAAUUUCUGUAGAGAAAGAAGGAUGGAAAUCAGUGAGCUGUGGUGACAGAAACAGAUGGAUCUGCAAAAAGAAGGCUUUAUCUCUUUAAACACUGCAGUCAUACUUGAGAAGG